CGCCGGGUGCGAGCCGGCUCCCCGGAGACGCCGCGGCGAUCGCGAACUCCGCGUCUGACAGAACCGAGAUCGCCGGGGCCUUCCAGUUCCAGCUGUGAUGGACAAUGCCCGCGAGUCCCCUGCGGACAAGGGCGGGGAGGCGGCAGAGUCAGAGGAGACGGCCGCCGCGCUCGGGGGCGCGGGGACGACGGACACGGACGGCAUCCCGGAGGAGACGGACGGUGAUGGAGACGCGGACGUGAAAGAGGCUGCGGCCGAGGAGGGCGAGCUCAAGAGUCAGGAUGCCUCAGAUUUAACGGCAGCCGAAAGGGAAGACUCAUUGCUUCCUCCUGCAGCAAAAAAGCAGAAAAUAGACACCAAGGAAAAGAAGGAGAAGAAACAGAAAGUAGAUGAAGAUGAGAUUCAGAAGAUGCAAAUCCUGGUUUCUUCCUUCUCGGAGGAGCAGCUGAACCGUUACGAAAUGUAUCGCCGGUCAGCUUUCCCGAAGGCAGCCAUUAAAAGGCUGAUUCAGUCCAUUACCGGCACCUCAGUGUCUCAGAACGUUGUUAUUGCCAUGUCUGGUAUUUCCAAGGUCUUCGUCGGGGAGGUAGUGGAAGAAGCACUGGAUGUGUGUGAGAAGUGGGGAGAAAUGCCACCACUACAACCCAAACAUAUGAGGGAGGCCGUUCGGCGAUUAAAGUCAAAAGGACAGAUCCCCAACUCGAAGCACAAAAAAAUCAUCUUCUUCUAGACCAAAGCCUAGAAAAGGCUGAUUUACUGAUGGAAGAAAUAACUGACUGCAGCUUCUCUUACUGCAGCUGUCUGCAUUGGUGCUUCAGUACCCAGUCCCCCAGUGAUUACCUGACAAUUCUCAUGUCUUUCUCAAAACUCUGUUCACCACACCUAGAAGACAUGCAGCCUAGUUGGCACUUGCUGUGACUCAACUUUGGGACCUUCUGGACCUUUUGAGGUGCUGUCUUUGGAAUGGCUGCAGAACAACAGUGUGUGCUGCUUUCAGAGAGAGAAAAACAUUCCCGUGAGAGCUUGGAUGAUUUCACGUUAAAGCCUGAAGUUGCUAAGAUUUAGAUUGAUUCUCACAUCAGUUAAUGUAGAUGAAACAGCUAGAACCUGCCGGGAAGGACACGGUGACAGCAGUUAGUGGAAUGACGUGUGCUUGUGAACAUCUAAGACUCCCAUGAGCUGCUGGUGAGUGAUCAUUACGCGUUUCUACCUUGACACCAUGUGUUCAUUUUCCUUACGGCUGGCUGGACUAGGGAAGGUGAGCAUUCACUCAUCUUUGGCACCCAAAUAAAACUGCUCUUGGCUUUUUUGUGAAAAUUUGAGUCUUUCCCAAUUUCUACUACAACUAUUAAGAAGUUAUUUAAAAAAAAAUUCCAAACACUGUUCACAACUGUAUAAAACUCCAUAUAUUUCACAUUCCUGUAAAUAAAAUAUACCACAACCA